AUUUUAUUUGGCAGCUUCGCUGCCGUCAACAAAUGCGCAUAAUGGUCUCCUUGUUCCCGUCGUUUUCGAUCGAGCAGAGAGUACUGCUUCAAAGUCGAAACGCGUGAGGAUCUGCAAAGAUUUUUCUGGGUUUUAGGCUUUCGGCUGUUUCUGCGGAUCCUUUCCUAUCCCAAGUUUGCAAUUGGCGUUCGUUUCUCAAAUUUUCGCGAUCUGCAGUUGCAAAUUUGGGAACUUUUCGUUUCUGCUGUCAUCCCUAGUGUCUGGUGAUUAUUGGGUCGCUGGCCUUUUGGUUUUAUCUUCUGCGAUUAGAUCAAGGAUCGGGUCAACAAGCGGGCGUUGACUUUCGGCUUUGUGCGCUUGGGUUUUAUGGUUUUUAACGCUUCCCUCCAAAACGAUCGGCAUAUUUUGGAUUGUUUGCGAUCGCGUGAUCUUUAAGCAAUUUGAGCGUAUGGGUUUUCCUUUUCCGUCCGAAAGACCCUGAAGAUUUUCUCUUUGCUUAAUGUUUUUUUAAUCCGGGUUUUGACUCGACAUCAGAAGAAAUUUUGGUAAUCGUGUAGAAAGUAGCGUUGCAACUGUUGAUGGAUGAGAGUGCUAAGGAAGCAAAUGGUUAUGAUAAGAAGCCUGUCAAGCCUGUGAGGGAUUUAGACUCUGGAAAGGUUGAGGGCCAUGGUGAUGUAGAAGAGGACAGCGAGGUGAAGUCGUUGUUGCCGCCGAGAGAUGGUGGGAUGAUCAGGACUUCCGAGAAGACGAGGAGGAAGGUGUCCUGGAAUGACACCAACGGCAAUAAUCUCACCGAGGUGUUGGAGUUUCAACCAAGUGAUGCGAGCGACAGUGAUGAUGACGAUAAUGAUGCUUGCAUAUGCACCAUAAUGUAGAAGUGAUAUGACUCUUGCGCAUCACGAUGUAGCAGAUUGGCCCAUGUCGACACCAUCACUUAUUGGAAAGUCAGUGGGAUUUGCUUGAGGAUGGUUGUUUGGUUCAGGAAUGGCACGCAAUGAAAAUUGCCUCCACUAAGACUGUUCUCUGCGAUAUCAUGAGUCUUUUGGUGGCUACGGCUACGAACAAAGGAGGAGUAUUGCUUUGUCUCGAAUGAGGAAAGAAGUUGUUGGGUUCAUCUUGAUAGUCUAAGAUGCAAUACUAUGUAUAAAAUACAUUACGCGUGAAUUCAUACCGUAUUUACCCGAGUACGAGUCUAAUUGAUGGUGGGAUUAUCACCCCAGGAUUCUCAAUGGUAAGAAAGACGCCGAUACUAAGUUUACGACCAUGUCGCUAUCCGUUAUUUUUGGCUUAAUACACACACUUAUAUCUCUCCCUC